AUGAAACCAGUAUCCCCUGAAAAAAAUUUAUUAGUAAACAAUGCAGGGGUAGCAACCGGUGCAUUCAAGCUAUCUAAAGACAAUAUGGAACUACAGUUUGCAACAAACCACUUAGGCCAUUUUCUCCUCACAAAUCUUUUGUUGGACACAAUGAAGAAAACAACACAACAAAGUGGAAAAGAAGGAAGAAUUGUAAAUGUCUCCUCAACUGGUCACCGCUUCACCUAUCGUGAAGGAAUCCGUUUUGAACAAAUAAAUGAUCCUUCUGGGUAUGGAAAAUUAGGCGCAGCCGGAUAUGGGCAAUCGAAGCUUGCUAACAUUUUGCAUGCUAAUGAGCUUGCAAGACGUCUAAAGGAAGAAGCAGUGAAUAUAACAGCAAAUUCACUUCACCCAGGAGCAAUUGCAACCAAUAUUUUCCGCUACAAUGCCAUUGUCAAUGGUAACACAACUUUUUCGAAUCAAAACAUCCAAGAAAACUUGGUUUCUCAAGGGGAAAAAAGUGCCGAUUUCAUCCGAUUUCAACCAAUAUAUUCAGCAAAUUCACUUCACCCAGGUUGUUUUGACAUCAAAUAG